AUGGCCACAUGCACACUGGAGCAGCAGAGAACUUGGAACCCGCUGGGUCCCACAGGCUGGCUGCCCCUGCAGUGUCAAUCUGGCAGUGAAAGUUGGAAGGUCCAGGCAACUGUCACUCCUCAGUCACACCCUCUGAUGCAGGUUCUGGAGGCACCUGUUCAAGUCACCAACUUAAUUCUUUCUUCUCCUUUCCUGAAGCUGUUGCCAAGAUUCCCUGCAGCAACAACAGCAUUUGUGGAAAGAAAACAUGGCAAGGCAGCAGUCACCAAGAGCAAACAUUCUCUGAUUCUGAAGCUUUUAAUUCUACUGAGCUGUGGAUCCACCAUGCUGCUGGCUGAGGCUGCUACUCUCUGCUGCAGUUUCAGUGUUAGCAACUCAGUGUCUGGACUGCUGAGCUAUGAAGUCGAAGGCCAAGUGAAGACAGAGCAUUUCUUUCUGAGCAGAAAUAAUAAAUGUCAUGCCACUGGUGUUCUUCUGAACAGACUCAAUGCCACAGAGAUCUGUGAAAAACAGUUUCACAGUCUAAAAGGACAAGUUGAUCACUUGCAAGAUAUGCUGUACCAAAUACAGGGGAAGAAUAAGACAAUCACAGAGCCCCAGACUCUGCAGUGCAUCAAGUGUGGCUGGUGUGCAGAAGAUGGAUGUGUCAGGGGAUCCUGGAAGGUACGCCUCAAUGGAAGCAUCAUAUUCCAUGGUGACACUAAGAAAAGGCUUCACAUCUAUUCUGGAGACAACUGGACAAAAGAGAUAUUGGAUAAUAUCAGAAAUAUGAAUGACUUCUUAAACCAGGCCUCACACUGCGAACUCAAGAACAAGUUUAAGGAGUCUAUGUUGCAGUGUAAAGAAAACCUGGUGCCUACAGCCUUACCAAUCAUUACUGCACAUGUGGACAAAUCUGCAACCUGGGAGUGUAUGUCCAAUCCCUCUAUUCUGCUGAUAAUGCUCAGCUGCUUCCUCCUCUAUGUUUUCUGA